AGUAUGUAGGCCAAUUAAUCACAAGGGCGAAGACGGCCACGCCUCUGGUUAUGAUAAUACCGGACGUCUCUCCCUCAAUUUUUUAAUACACCUCCUUGACCGCAUCAAGCGAUCCCCCUAGGUUAAUCUUAACAUCAAGCAUUACUACCCCCCACCAAACAAACCAACCGUGGAGGAAGACGAAGGCACAGCCCCAGGGAAGAUCUUGUUUCUUGUCUUACCUUAGGUGGCUUGGAUAACAUUAGGGAAGUACUUAUGACAGCCAAUGAUAAUGUAAAAACAUAAUGGACUUUGGUAGCCGUGAUUCGCAUAUACUAAAAAUUAUACGAGUGCUUUUUGCGUGUAAAACAUGAACAAUAAAAAGAAGAGCAACAGUGGCACCGAUCAUAGUAAUACUGGCUGAGGGAGGGAGAUAGGCUGGUUGUCACCUUCACCUGGCCUUCUCAGGUUGAAGGUGGGAAUCCAGGCCCUGAAUGAUUCGUUCGAUUCCUUUUGGUGGGGGAGAUGAGAUAGCCGAGAGAGAAGAGGAGGAGAAAGACAGAGGGGCGAGGGGCAUUCAGAUGGGUAGUUCCGAUGGCGAAGGGAAGAUGGAAGGCUGGCUUCAUCUGGUACGUUCCAACAGAUUCGGCUUGCAGUAUUCAAGGAAGCGAUAUUUUGUUCUUCAGGGAAAUCGUCUGAAUUGUUUCAAAUACGCGCCCUUGUCCAAGAAAGAGGAUCCCAUAAGAAGUGCAGUUAUUGAUUCCUGCAUACGUGUGACAGAUAAUGGGAGAGAAAACAUCCACCGGAAAGUGCUUUUCAUGUUUACACUCUAUAAUUCCUCAGAUCACAGAGACCGACUUAAGUUGGGAGCAAAUAGUUCAGAAGAAGCAGCUAGAUGGAUACAUUCGUUCAAAGAGGCAGCAUUGAAGGAAUAUCCAAACCAAGAAGGUAGUCUUCUUGUCUCUUCUAAAAGACAUCAGCAGUAUUUCAGGAAAUCAUGUGGCAGGUCAAGUUUCAGCAGAGGGAGCGGCCAUAAGUAUUUGUUAGGUCUGGAUUGGACUGGCUGUUCAUCUAUAAAUGCUGAACCUGCGACAACAGCAGAUGUUAUUGCACCAUCCCCAUGGACCAUAUUUGGUUGCCAAAAUGGAUUGCGGCUGUUCAAGGAGGCAAGAGAUGGAGAUUUCCAUGGAAAGCAUUAUGAUGAUCACCCGGCAAUAAUGGCAGUUGGCGUGGUUGAUGCGACCUCAGAAUCUAUCUUCCAGACCAUCAUGUCUCUUGGUGUAUCAAGAUCAGAAUGGGACUUCUGUUAUUCUGGAGGUGCAGUCAUUGAGCACCUUGAUGGCCAUACGGAUAUUAUUCAUGAGCAGAUGAAGAAAGAUUGGUUACCUCGGGGAAUGAGACCCCGAGAUCUUUUGAUGCGAAGGUAUUGGAGAAGAGAGGAUGAUGGGACAUAUGUAAUUCUGUACCAUUCAGUGUUCCACAAGAAAUGCUUACCUAGAAAGGACUAUGUUCGAGCCACCCUUAAAAGUGGUGGAUAUGUGAUAUCUCCACUGAACCAAGGGAGACAAUCAGUUGUCAAGCACAUGCUUGCUUUAGACUGGAGAUAUUGGAAAUCAUAUUUAUUUAAAUCUUGUGCACGAUCCUUAACAAUUAAAAUGACAGAAAGAGUUGCAGCUCUGAGGGAAAUGUUCAGGGCAAAGCUUGGAAGCUAUCCCCAUGCUGAUUGCUCAUCAAGUGACAUGAUGAGAGCUGUAUCGCCACUCUCACAGUCUGAACAGGUGGACAAAAUUGAACUGCAAUCUUCAACAAUUCAGGCUGUGGAAAGUGAGGAUUCACAGGCAGAAGAAUCACAGGAAGAGGCAUACAUCAAACCAGCAAGUCUGGCUGGCUCUUUUGUUCAGUUGAAUGAUGCAGCCGAUGAAUUUUUUGAUGUCCCUGAGCAGUCAGAGUUUGAGUGCUUUGAUUUUGAUGCAGACUGUUUCAUGACACAGUGUGCAGAGAAUACAUGGUCCUCUAGUGCUGCAAAUGGAAAGCAACCACAGGACCUGAGCUACCCGAAGCUAUCAAGUGCUGCAGUGUUUGUGAAAAAGUUGCAUGACUUGGCAGUUCAGAGAGGGGCUUACAUAGAUUUGAGAGAGGUCAUGGAGGAUGAGGUUUCAUCUUUCUGCUAUGGGAGCACUCUCCCAAAAGAUCCUAGUUGCUCUACAUUAUGCAGUUGGACAACUUCAGAUCCGUCAACAUUUCUUAUUCGUGGGAAGCAUUAUCUUCAUGAUCGGCAAAAGAUCAAAGCAAAAAGUACCUUAAUGCAAAUGGUUGCUGCGGACUGGCUCAAGUCUGAUAGGCGGGAAGAUGAUCUUGCAGGCCGUCCAGGAAGUAUCGUUCAGAAAUAUGCAGCACAGGGUGGUAGCGAGUUUUUUUUCAUUGUUAAUAUACAGGUUCCUGGUUCUUCUACAUACUCUCUUGCGCUAUACUACAUGCUGGACUCACCUCUGGAGAAAACUCCAUUGCUAUACAACUUUGUAAAAGGAGAUGAUGCUUAUAGGAAUUCGAGAUUCAAGCUAAUACCUUAUAUUUCAAAGGGGUCUUGGAUAGUGAAACAAAGUGUUGGGAAAAAGGCAUGUUUACUUGGGCAAGCACUGGAAAUAAAUUAUUUUCAUGGGGAGAACUACUUGGAGCUUGGAGUUGAUAUUGGUUCAUCAACUGUUGCAAGAGGAGUUGUGGGGUUGGUUCUCGGUUACCUGAAUAACCUUGUUAUUGAAAUGGCAUUUCUAAUACAGGGAAAUACUCCGGAUGAGCUCCCUGAAUUCCUUCUUGGAACAUGCCGCCUCAAUCAUCUGGACAUUGCUAAGUCAGUGUAUGCAGGAGCCUGAUCUGUUAUGUCGAUCCAUCAACUGCUGCUCUCCCGUAAAGAUGGGAAGUAGAGUCAGCCAAACUGCAUGCUGUGAACAGCAGCGCAACAUGCGUUAUUUGGCCAACAUGAAAAUUCUUUUUCUCAAGCGAUCUCGCAUCCUCAGGUGUUGAUAAUGCCGGCGAUUUGCAUGUCCUAAGCUGUUGGCAAGAUGCCUUUGUAGAGAAACUCAUUAAUUUGAAUUCAUUCUUUGAUAUGUGUAAGUCUCAUGGGUGGUCCAUUGUCCUGUAAGGGGAUUCAGUGUUGUGGGACAAUUAUCAAUGGUAUACCUACACCUUUACCCCUUUCCAAAUUUAACUUUUGAGGUAAUGGAUUUUUUAUA